GGUUGCAGCAUGUCGAGGCGUAAGCAAGCCAAACCGCAGCACAUCAACUCGGACGAGCCCGUGUCCCCGCGAAAUGGCCUUAUACGAGAUGAUCCAGCGCAGGAGACCGACGGGGAAGUGAAAAGGUUCAGAAUGGACCAGACUCAGAUCUGCGACAAGUGCUGUGCCGAAUUCUUCGAGGAAGCAGAAUUUCUUGAGCACGAAAAGAACUGUACCAAAAGCCAGCAAGUGCUCAUCAUGAGAGAUGGCGACUGCAUUGAGGUGCCCAAGGAAUAUACGCAAGUUUCUCCAGAAGACCCCACCAGUGAUCAGGACGACAGUCGGUCUAGUAGUCAUUCCCUCUCUGCUGCCAAUGCUGACCAAAUGGAAAGAACUGAGGAUCAGUAUAACAUGCACAUGGAGGAUCAAGACGAGAUGUCUGCCAGUCCUGAGAUACACUUCCAACCUUCCCCUGCAAUGCAGGAUCAAAACACUUUUGAAGCCAUGACUACUGACACUCAAAUUGCUGUCUCCCACACUUCUUCAAAUACAACAGCUCUGUCGUCACAGGACGCCCUACAGGUCAUCCCAAUGAUCUUGGAACAGUUGGUGUGUCUCCAGCAACAGCAGCUACAGCAAAUCCAGAUCACAGAACAGAUCAGAAUCCAAGUAGCCAUGAUGACUCCACAGGGUCUUCGGUCAUCAAUGGGGGCAACCAUGGACCCCCUGAAAGCCCUUGGUGCCCAUCUCUCCCAGCAGCUUUCUGCUGCAGCAGCCUUGAUAGGAAAAAGGACUGGUAGUCAGAACCUGUCAAUAGAGGCGGUGAAGCAAGGUAAACUCUCUCUACCCACUGGCACCCCAACAUCUGUGCCAGCAGGACCGAGUGCAGUGACCUCUAAAAUUGACAUUUUGAAGGGUAUUCCGGAUCUGGCUGGCCGCUUACCAGCGCUACUUCCAGAGUCACCAGCCGUUGUAGGGUUUGCAGGGACCUUCAGUGGCAUCCAAGCAGGGAUUGAUUCAAAAAAAGCAAAGGGAAAGCUGUUGAGUCUUCCAGUAGAGUCAAAAAAUGGAGACUCAUUAUACAAGCACAAGUGCAAGUACUGUGGCAAGACCUUUGGCAAUGAUAGCGCUCUCCAGAUUCACCUGCGUUCGCACACUGGAGAGAGGCCCUUCAAAUGCAACAUCUGUGGAAACCGCUUCACGACCAAAGGGAACCUCAAAGUGCAUUUCCAAAGGCAUAAAGACAAGUAUCCCAACAUCACCAUGAACCCUCAUGCUGUGCCCGAACACCUUGACAAUAUUCCCACCAGCAGCGGUAUUCCCUUUGGCAUGUCGGUGCCCAUGGACGAGACAAAUGAAAUUAAGCCAAUACUUGGUCAUCCUGCUGCAGAGUCCCAUUCUUCAUCACUCUCUGGAUUCAAAACAUUUGAUGGCGGAGACCCAUUUUCCCAGAGACCCUCGCCAUCAACGAGUGAUGGCUCCCCAUCUGUUUCCUCAAAUGUCUUUGGCCAAGACACCAGUAUGGAUCACACCCAAAAGGAUGCUAAGGAGGUCCUGGGAACACUGAAUCACAUAAAUGGGAAUGCCAUGUCUGGAGAGCCGAGCUCUGGAACUGCAAAGCUUCAGCAGAUGGUGGACGGGUUGGAAAAAAAGACAAACGACCCCAACGAGUGUGUCAUCUGCCACAGGAUUCUCAGCUGUCAGAGCUCGCUGAAGAUGCAUUACCGCACACACACCGGGGAGAGGCCAUACAAAUGUAAGAUCUGUGGCCGUGCUUUCUCCACCAAAGGCAACCUGAAGGCCCAUUACGGGGUGCACAGGGCCAACACUCCUCUUAAAAUGCAGCACUCCUGUCCCAUCUGCCAAAAGAAGUUUACCAAUGCUGUGGUUUUGCAGCAGCACAUUCGAAUGCACAUGGGCGGGCAAAUCCCCAAUACCCCAUUGCCGGAAAACCACUUUGAGGCGAAUGACGCAAUUGAGUCUUCUCAACCGGAGGAAAAGUCUCUGGAUCUCAAUGGUUUUGAAGCAAACCUGGAAGAUCAGGAACCUGCUGUGAACUCUCAAAAUCCAAAUGAGAACUCUGACUCUCUCACGUCUGCCACAGACGACCAGAAGCAUGUUGGCCCGGCCAUGUUUUCCAGCCUUGAUGUCUUGAAGAAUCUCACCUCUGCUCUUGCACUAAAACGACAGAGUAGCACUCCGUCUCAGAACGAGGGGACACCCAAAGAAUCUCCAUCUGCUCCCAGAGUGCAGGAAUAUCAGAAUGGCCGCAGCCCGGGUGUUUCUGACUCUGCAAUGUUGUUGCAUUCCGCCUCUCCUGUGAACAACACAAGUAGCCUCAAGUCUCCAGAAUCUCCUGCAGAAGAUUUUGUGCGGAAUGGGUCCAAACUGGACCUUGAUGGGCCCACUCAAAAUGGAACUGAAUCGAGUGGAGCCCUUGACCUCACUGCUUCGAGCAGCUUUACCCCAAAAGCCAUCAAAGAAGAACCUAGUGUGCCAUUUACAACCGGAGAAUACGCUGCAAGUAACAUGGCUUUCAUGAGGAUCCCGUCAAGUUUGGCCAGUCUGGAGAUGAAAAUUCCUCAAGAGAAUCUAUUAGGCAACCACAGUUUGUUCACCUCUCAAAUGCCCCCGGGGACAGCCAUGCCCUCGACAGUCCCCACGGCACCGCGUCGGUCCUCCAAACAGCAUGUUUGUAAUGUCUGCGGGAAAAACUUCUCGUCUGCCAGUGCCUUGCAGAUUCACGAGCGCACUCACACUGGGGAGAAGCCUUUCGCCUGCAACAUCUGCGGCCGGGCGUUCACCACCAAGGGAAAUCUAAAGGUACACAUUGGUACCCACAUGUGGAACAACUCCUCCAGACGUGGUCAGCGUCUAUCCCUGGAUAAUCCCAUGGCUCUUAUGUCAAUGAGCUCCGAGCCGAAGAUGUUACCAGAAAUGAUGCAAGCGCCGAAAGAACCUACCGCUCCGCCCAUGAACUUUGACCCAUCUAUGUGGAACCAGUACGCCACAGCCUUUAGUGGCGGCCUGACCAUGAAGACCAAUGAAAUCUCAGUCAUCCAGGGGGGAAGCAUCCCCCUCCCCGGGAGCCCUGCUGGUGGCGCCCCGCUGAUUGGAUCCACUGGAGGGCUCAUGAAGAUGGACGGAUCCCAUUCUGGCUUGCCUGGCUCCAUGGCCGAAAUUGAGAAGAACAGUUCUGACAGUGUACCAAAAUCCCAGUUUCCACAUUUCAUGGAGGAGGGGAAAAUUGCAGUCAAUUAAUCAUUGGGCCAUCAUCUGAACUUUAAUGCUGACUGUCUUCUCCCAAAUGAGGUACAAUCAUGUGGAAUUCAGCAUAUGUAUUUUCCCAUUAAUCUUGUCACAUCACUCAUUCAAUUGAUUCUGUAGUGUUGCUUUUUAGUUGACUUAGUAUAACUACUGUAGUUGUAUUUUAUUUUAUACAAGUAUAUAUACGGGUAUUUUUCUUUUUUUUUUUUCUCCCUGUGACAUUUGUUUUGUUUUGCUGUCUAUCCAAAAGUUUGAAUGUAUAACUUUACUUGAAACUCUGCUUUAAUUCCAACUGUCUCCUUUUUAAAAAUAUACUUUUUGAAGGAUUUGGACUUUAAGGGCUUGACUUUUAUGGUCAUUGUCUCCGCGCUAAGAACUUGACAUAGUUAACCGUGCAGGUCUAAAAUGACUACUCUCCCUCCUAUUGUGUGCCAUCGAUUUUAUGACGUACGUUUUUGUAGUGUAGUAUUUCACGUGUGAGGGCCGUUUGGACAGGUUACUCUAGUGUCCUGUCUGUUGCAUAUGUGUUAGUUUUGAAUGAUGUAAGUAAUGAAAAGGACUAAUGGUUCUACUUGCCAAGUGCCUAACUUGAAUUCUAUGUGUUGCUAUUGUCUUUCGGUGCACCCGAGGGUUAAUUUAAAGGCUCUGGUAGAAUUAUGAUUUGUACCAUGUAGCUUUGCUUGUGGAUCAAAUUUACAUCCAAAACUCUAUCUGAGUGUCCUAUUUAGUUGGCUGAGCUCUAAAUGCAUAAUAUUGUCCAGCUGCACUUUAUUUAAGGUCUUAUGGUUACAUUUAAAUUGUUGCAUCUCAGUCUCUCAGCAGGAUAAAGGACACAUUUAUAAUUUUGUCUCAGAGGUUUGCCACUGCUCAGAUUUAAUGGUCUUCAAAUUGUAGCAUUUUAAUUUAUUUAUAAUACACAAUGCUUGAGUUUUGGGGGUAAGUUCUACCUCAUUUAGAUUUAUUCUCCAUGCCUCCCUUUCUCAAAGUUAACUGUACAUUCACCCCCCAUACAUUCUUGAGUGUAUAUAUAUUUGUUUUCCACUCUCAAUCUGCUGUGUUGAACUCCAAUGAAUGUAUCACAGGACACUUUACAAAAGUCAGAAUGCUCAGAGUUCCUUCGAAGGCCCCUGCUGUACAUUCCUAAUUAAUUAUGCAUUUGCCAAGUUGUGCCUUUUUUGUUAGCGAACCAUGUCAAAACUGCUUUCAAAGAUGUCUCUACAAUUCAAUGUUGAGCUAGUGUGGCUUGUUUACAGUGCACAUUGUUUUGUUUCCCCAAAUGUUUCCUUCAAUUGUGUUUGCUGGUUUUGAAAAAUAAAAUCCUCACUUUUUUUUUUU